AAGAGGAAGAAGAACUGAGUGUGCUGCGUUCCUGGCCGACAGUGGUGUGGUCCAAUACAGAAAAGAAGCAAGCAAGGAAGCAAUUCUGACGAGAAAUAUGGAGCCUACUGAGACCAAGAAGUCUCUGCAAAAUGACGAUGAAGAAAGCCAAACGGUCAAGUCCAGUUUCAGCAAAACGGACCGGCGCCGUCGGAACAGAGCAGCUCCACGACGUCACUCAUCACGACACUGGCCAAAGGCCAACGCUUGUCAGCACGACACCGGAGUCAGAGCCAAUGAACUGGCCUCGGCUCAGCCAACCCUCCAAGCGCCUUCACCGGCGACGAUGAGCGUCACGGAGCACGUUGCAACCGGCUCUCCGGACUUCACGGCUCAUGGGCGAGACAGUGACGUGCCAGGUUCGGUGCUUCGUGGCCAUCAUAGUCUCCUCUCUCCUGGCCUGCGGGGCUUUCGCCAGGGAGGAAAAAGUUGAAGGGCGCACAAGACUUCUGGGCACUGGUCUCGGAGUCGGCGGCUACGGCCCUCUUGUUAGACCCAGUUUUGUCGGCGCUGGUCUCAGAGGUGCAGGUUACGGCGCUGCUGGACUCGGCGGCUACGGUGGAGCUGUUCUCGCCCGCCCUGCUGUGGGUGGCGCUGGCCUCGUUCACGCUGGUGGUCUUGGAUAUGGCCGUCCCGGUUACGGCGGACUCGGCUACGGUGGCGGCCUCGGCUAUGGUGGUGGCUACCAAUCAGGCUACGGCGCUCUGGCCGGCGGCCACCAGGGAGGAUACCGGGGUGGCGCUGCAGGCUACAACCACGGAUCCGCGGGUUUCGCUGGUGGUGCGGCCAACAGGCACGUCAACGCCUACAACAACAACCGCGGCUACAGCCACACCUCGGGAUUCUCGGCAUCUGGCGGCAACGCAUUUGGCUCCGGACACAGGCAGGGCUCGGCUGGAUUCGGAAGCGGAACUGCUGGUCACCGAGGAGGAUACGGACAAUCUUCGUUCGGGCACCAUGUCGGCGGAGGAUACCUCGGCUAAUAGGGAGCUGUCAAUAAAACGUGGCCUUUCCUUUUA